AUGAUGGGCACAGUGUUGGAGCACUUCCGCUCGUCGGCGUGGUUCUACCUGACGCCGGUGCUGGCGGCGUGCGCCCCCAUCGGGGUGCUCCGGACCUACUUCAACCAGCACCUCCGGCGGCCCGUGCGGCGGUUCCUCCCGUUCCUGGACCCGUUCGUCACCAUCGACAUCGCGGCCAAGCCGGAGGAGUACUCCUUCUCGUACCAGGGCAAGGUGAAGUCGAGCGACGCGUACGCGGAGGUGCUGGCGUACCUGAGCGCGGUGUGCUCGCGGGACGCGCGGGAGCUGCGCGCGGAGGGCGCCCUCGAGGGCCACGGCUUCGUGCUCAGCCUCCGGGAGGGGCAGGUGGUGGCGGACGACUUCAAGGGCAUCACCAUAUCGUGGUCGGCGGUGGCGGAGGAGAAGACGACGUGGCGAGCGUCGGGGCGGUGCUGCCGCCUCACGUUCCACGAGCGGCACCGGCGGCUCGUCGUCGACGAGUACCUGCCGCACGUCCGCCGCGCCGGGCAGGAGGUCAUGUUCGGCAACCGGCCUCGCAGGCUCUACUCCAACAAGAAGGAGCUCAGCUACCAUUCUAGGAGGGACGAGGUGUGGAGCUACAUCGACUUCGACCACCCAACCACCUUCGACACCCUCGCCAUGGACCCGGCCAAGAAGCAGAUGAUAAUGGACGACCUCGACGACUUCAGCAACAGCAGGGACUACUACCGCCGGAUCGGCAAGGCGUGGAAGCGCGGCUACCUCCUCCACGGCCCGCCGGGGACGGGCAAGUCCACCAUGAUCGCCGCCAUGGCCAACUACCUCAACUACGACAUCUACGACAUCGAGCUCACCACCCUGGAGACCAACAGCGACCUCCGCAAGCUCUUUAUCGAGACCACCGGCAAGUCCAUCAUCGUCAUCGAGGACAUCGACUGCUCCCUCGACCUCACCGGCAGCCGUGCCACGAUGCUGCCGCUGCCACCGUUUCACGACGACGCCGCCGAGGCAGGCUACGACAAGUCGCGCGGCAAGAGGCUCAACAUCCUCACGCUCUCCGGCCUGCUCAACUUCAUCGACGGGCUCUGGUCGGCGCACAGCGGCGAGCGCAUCAUCGUCUUCACCACCAACCACCUGGACAAGCUCGACCCGGCGCUGAUCCGGCGCGGGCGCAUGGACAUGCACAUCGAGAUGUCCUACUGCGGCUUCGAGGCCUUCAAGACGCUGGCCGGCAACUACCUCGAGGUGGACGCGCACCCGCUGUUCGGUGCCGUCGAGGAGCUGCUGCGCGACGUGGAGAUGACGCCGGCGGACGUGGCCGAGUGCCUGAUGCCGUCCAAGCGCAGCGCGCGCGACGCCGACGCCUGCCUCGCUCGCCUGAUCGACCAGCUCAAGGAAAGAAAAGCGGCCGCGGAAGACAAGGAAUCAAAGACCGCCGAGGAAGACGACGUGAAGGAUACGGCCAACAAGGAGGACAAGUGGGAAACGGAGAAAGUGCCAUCCAAAUCCAAAAAGGACAAGAGCGAGGUUGCUUCGAAACCUACCCGCCGAGUCAUGACAAACGGAGCACAAAGUGGCGCGAGUGGUGUGAGUGUCUCUAGUUCUACUGAUGAUUAUUUGUCUUGA